UAGGAAGGGGGCUGCCUUUGGGUGGUCUACCUGUCAGCGGAACCGGCAUUUGUUUCUGAUUGACCCGCUGGGGCGUGCGGAGAUUGAUCUGGUCGUCCUUCUUGGUCACUCAUCCUGCUACUGGUUGCGACUGCGGUGCCUGCCUGAACGGUGGUAAGUUGACUGACAACGACUGUCUACUGAUGCUCUUUAGAAAUAGGAUCCUUUUGUCAUGUCGACCCAAGCAACAACAUCACCGUCGUCCUCUCGCAUCGACAACGACCAUAGCAAUACUUUUACCGCCAGCGGAAAGGCUGUCGUCGAUUGGGAAACGCCUGGCGCCGAAUACCAGUGUCUUGUUCACCCCGAUCCUAGGAACAGGCACAUUACAUUCGAAGCAUGUCUCGAGAAUGAUAUGUCACAGCGCCUUUCCUUCUUCAGACUUCGUGUUCCGGUCAGACACAAGCACCUUCAAGACAUUGUAUUGUACAUACAUAUACCCCCAGAUCAUAUUGCGUCUAUCGAUUGGACCCUUCAAUACGACGCUGCGGAUCCAGUGCGGACGAAGUUAAGCAGCGACAUCACUCGUCUCCGAUUCAAUCUCCACAAGCCUGUGCAGUUGAUUGUGCCCGACCGCGAGCCCCUGGAGCCCAAGAAGCCUGCGGCCGCCUGCGUCAUCAGGGCCUUAGAGUCGCUAGCUACGGCUCUGAGUGUCUCUGUAUAUCUUGAGCAUACGACUUUGUCCAAGGCGCGGCUUCAGUCCAUAGCCGACGCAGUCCAGUCGGGUUACUCACGGCCCGUCCCACGAUAUCGUGAUCUCCACAGACUCUACAAAGGCAUUGGUGGCAAGAGUCUCGUUCUCGUUGAUGAGAACGAUGUGAGCACAGACUCUGAAGUCGGCCCCUCGGUCCAAGUCGACAGCCCGCCGUCGUACGAUGAGAUUGGCCCCGGUCCGCCAAUGCCCCCUUUGGCUUUAGAUUCUCCCAGGGGGGCAGGUGCCGACAGGGCCCAGGGAAAACGAUAUCGUCAGUGUAGUGGAGCCAGCACACAAAAUGACGAUUCCCUGUCGAGCAGGCCCAGUAAGCGAGGGGCGCUGGACAAAGGCUCUGGGCUUGCUGAGGCAGCGGCGGACGAGGACAACGUGCUGCCUCCUUGGGCCCAUAGACUCUUCGCAGAGCUCGCUGAAGUGAAGGAGUGUGUCGUGAGGCAGAGUGAAAUUAUUAAAGACUUGCAGGACGAGGUCGUCAAACUUCGAACCCAGGAGAAGACUCGGGAGGACGAAUAUGCUGUCCUGGAGCAGCGCGUUGACAAGACUGAGAUGACUGUUGCGGAUCUGGAUGCCACAGUGACUCAGCAUGGCGAGUCUCUUGCUGACUCGGAGGAUAAUUUCACCGCUCUGUGGGAAUGCUGUGAUGAGUUUUCACGUCGACGUUCCCCAGAACUGGAGGACAUGAGAGAGGAGUUAAGAGCCGAUGUAAUGGCACGCCUUAGGAACGCGUUAGCAUCUCCAUAAAAACGGUUUCUUCGUCCGACCAAUUGUGUUUAAUUUAAGUGUCUUUCUCUUCUCGGUGAUGUAGCGUCUGUCCGGCCUUGGAG